GGGUCCUAGACUCGAGGUAGGAGGCCGAGCUGAGGGGCGGGGAUAGGGGCCUUUUGCGGCAGGACGUAAGUGACGGCGUAGGCGGUGCGACAGCAGCUGGAGGGCAGAGGAGGCGGCGCGGCGCGUCCUGUGCUCGCCAUGAGGCCGCAGCAGGCGCCGGUGUCCGGGAAGGUCUUCAUUCAGCGAGACUACAGCAGUGGCACCCGCUGCCAGUUCCAGACCAAGUUCCCCGCGGAGCUGGAGAACCGGAUCGAUAGGCAGCAGUUUGAGGAAACAGUUCGAACUCUAAAUAACCUUUAUGCCGAAGCAGAGAAGCUUGGGGGCCAGUCCUAUCUUGAAGGCUGCCUGGCUUGUCUAACAGCGUACACCAUCUUCCUGUGCAUGGAAACCCACUACGAGAAGGUUCUGAAGAAAGUCUCCAAAUACAUUCAAGAGCAGAAUGAGAAGAUCUAUGCUCCCCAAGGCCUCCUCCUGACAGAUCCCAUCGAGAGAGGACUUCGAGUUUGUAGAUUGAAAUUACCAUUUAUGAAGACAGAGGCAUGAGCAGUGGAAGAUAAACCACAGAAUUAAAGAUCCCACCUCCAGCUGGGUCCCUCAUCUGUCCACCGGCCGACCGAAGUGUCCCCUACCUCCUCUCCAGAGCAUCAUUCCUCCGUACCUGCUGCCGGAGCCACGGUGCCACUCACUCCAAGGACUGACUUGCGACAGUUCCACCCCCGGAGUGACCUCUAGUCGCUCAGCAUCCACUUCGUGUCUCCAAAUUGUGUAGGACUCUGUAAUCUUUUGAUUAGUUUCUGAGAAAACGCAAUGAAGCAUUUCACUUUUUUUUUAUUCAAAGCCGUUAAUAAAAUAUGCAGUUGGUCAGCCCAACAGUUUAUUUCUUACCUGCCACCCGUACCAGUGGUUCUCGCCAUUCCUCAGGCUUCAACAAGUCAUGCCCUAGCCAGUGUUCAGUCUCACUCUCCCAAAUUCAUAAAAUGCUCUUCUCCAGGAUCUUGGUGAAGGGUGGGCUGUGUCUGUGAUUUUGCUAACGCAUGGCCCAGAUUUCAGAGAACUACCAGUUUUGCCGUGACUCACAGCUUGAAGAUCUAGUUCUGCUGUUCAGUUUCUCAAACUGAAGUUCAUUGGAAAAAUAAUGUAUGUUUCUUGUUUUAUUAUAGCAGUUCCUAAUUAAAGCAGUAUUUAAUGCAA